AUGAGCAAAUCCUCCGCCUCCUCUCUCACUGAGAUGAGCGUCUCAAGCAAGUCGCAUAAUGAAACCGUCAUUUCACGACUGAAGAAGCGCAUGGAGAGCGUCCAGAAAAAAUGGGGCCCCCUUAUGGCCGCGAAGGAAGACCUUGAUGACGAGUACAAUUUCCCUCAAGGCCCGUAUGCUGGCCAAGGUAUUCCCAAGAGGACGAGAAACUGGUGA